UAGACUCCUUCCAUACAUUUUGAGCGCUUCUGAAAACAGAUCAUUGAAGUUGAAAGGUGAUCACAGCUGAGAAAUGAAGAACUUCAGCAUUACAUGUUUAUUCGUCCUUUUUAGUUUUAUUGUACUAUCGUCUGCAUCAAGCUGGAGGCCUGAUUAUAAGCCUUGUAACAGCGAUUCUGGACCUGUUUGUGGAAUAAAUGGCCAGGACUAUUACAAUGAAUGUCACGCAUUUUUUUCAAAAGUCAAGGUGGGAUGCAAUAACAAAUGUCCGUGUGAUUGCGCAGAGAAUUGUCCUGCAACAUAUUAUCAUCCAGUAUGUGGGGAUGAUGGCCAGGAAUAUAAAUCAAAAUGUCAUGCAGAUUGCAAGAAUGUCAAGAUAGGUUGUAAUAAACAAUGUCCUUGUGAUUGCACAGAUGGUUGUCACGGAUCAUAUUAUCAUUCAGUAUGUGGGGUUGAUGGCAAUACAUAUAAAUCAAAAUGUCAUUUGGAUUGCAAGAAAGUUUCCGAAUGUCCAAAGAUCAAACGUCCAGUUUGUGGUGCUGAUAACAAAACAUAUGACACCAAGUGCGAUGCCAAGUGCGCAAACGUUGAGGUACAUUGUAACGGGCAUUGUCCUUGUGACUGUAUUAAAAUGAAGUGCCAUCCAGAAGUCAAAAAUCCAGUUUGUGGAAUUAAUAACAGAACAUACGACAACCAAUGUCAUGCCGCCUGCGCCAACGUUCCCAUACAAUGUCUUACAAAUUGCCCUUGUUCCUGUGAAGCCGAUUGUCUUGAAACGAAACCAGGUUUAGUUUGUGGAGCUGAUGGACACGUAUACACAAGCGAGUGUUAUGCCAAAUGCUCUAACAAUGCCGUAGAAUGUACUGGAAACUGCCCUUGUGCCCCUUGUCAUGAGAGAUGCGAAAAGACCGGAAUGAAAGUGUGUGGUGUUGAUAAAAAGACACACGAAUCAAAGUGUCAUGCCAUGUGCAAAAACGUCAAAGUAGCGUGUCACAAACAAUGUCCUUGUGACCCCUGUGAAAAAUGUCCGGCAUCGUAUUAUAGUCCAGUCUGUGGAAAGGAUGGCCAGACAUACAAAUCGAAAUGUCAUGCUGAAUGCAAGGAAACUACCGUACAAUGUUCUGGAAAAUGUCCCUGUGAUCCAUGUUCACACUGCCAGGAAGGCGGUCCAAAAGUUUGUGGACCCUAUGGAAAGACAUACAAGAAUGAAUGUUUUGCCAAAUGCUCUGGCAAGAAAUAUUUUCCAUGUCCAAGUUAUGACGGUGGUCAUAAGCGUUAUUUGGCUUAUAUUCAGGGAAAGAAAACAGGAUCUGAUUACCCUUCAAGAGCAUCCAAAAUGAAGAAAUUCAGCAUUACAUGUUUAUUCGUCCUUUUUAGUUUUAUAGUACUAUCGUCUGCAUCAAGCUGGAGACCAUUCUCCAAUUAUAAGCCUUGUAACAGCGAUUCUGGACCUGUUUGUGGAAUAAAUGGCCAGGACUAUAUCAAUGAAUGUCACGCAUUUUUUUCAAAAGUCAAAGUACAGUGUCACAAACAAUGUCCUUGUGACCCCUGUGAAAAAUGUCCGGCCUCGUAUUAUAGUCCAGUCUGUGGAAAGGAUGGCAAGACAUACAAAUCGAAAUGUCAUGCUGAAUGCAAAAACGUCAAAGUACAGUGUCACAAACAAUGUCCUUGUGACCCCUGUGAAAAAUGUCCGGCCUCGUAUUAUAAUCCAGUCUGUGGAAAGGAUGGCAAGACAUACAAAUCGAAAUGUCAUGCUGAAUGCAAAAACGUCAAAGUACAGUGUCACAAACAAUGUCCUUGUGACCCCUGUGAAAAAUGUCCGGCCUCGUAUUAUAGUCCAGUCUGUGGAAAGGAUGGCAAGACAUACAAAUCGAAAUGUCAUGCUGAAUGCAAAAACGUCAAAGUACAGUGUCACAAACAAUGUCCUUGUGACCCCUGUGAAAAAUGUCCGGCCUCGUAUUAUAGUCCAGUCUGUGGAAAGGAUGGAAAGACAUACAAAUCGAAAUGUCAUGCUGAAUGCAAAAACGUCAAAGUACAGUGUCACAAACAAUGUCCUUGUGACCCCUGUGAAAAAUGUCCGGCCUCGUAUUAUAGUCCAGUCUGUGGAAAGGAUGGCAAGACAUACAAAUCGAAAUGUAAUGCUGAAUGCAAAAACGUCAAAGUACAGUGUCACAAAAAAUGUCCUUGUGACCCCUGUGAAAAAUGUCCGGACUCGUAUUAUAGUCCAGUCUGUGGAAAGGAUGGCAAGACAUACAAAUCGAAAUGUCAUGCUGAAUGCAAAAACGUCAAAGUACAGUGUCACAAACAAUGUCCUUGUGACCCCUGUGAAAAAUGUCCGGCCUCGAAUUAUAGUCCAGUCUGUGGAAAGGAUGGCAAGACAUACAAAUCGAAAUGUCAUGCUGAAUGCAAGGAAACUACCGUACAAUGUACUGGAGAAUGUCCUUGUGAUCCAUGUUCACACUGCCAGGAAGGCGGUCCAAAAGUUUGUGGACCCUAUGGAAAGACAUACAAGAAUGAAUGUUUUGCCAAAUGCUCUGGCAAGAGAUAUUUUCCAUUCGUUUUUGUUGACUUGGUUGCUCAAAAUGUUUUCUCUACAAAUGGAACAGAAUUGUUGACUCGGAAUGUUAUUUUUGAAACAGAGAGAGAACUACGAGAUUUGAUAGCUGAGUUAAAAGAAUAA